AUGGUAUGUUCCAAGUGUUUAAGGAAGCUCCUCAGAGGUAUUUCAACGUUCACCUGCACUGUCUGCCACGAUCUCGAUGCUGUUGCGCUCAAUAGAUACCGAGUAGCAAUGGUGUUCUCAGACGGAAACAACACUGCUGUCUUUGUUGGUUUUGAUACCGACAUGACGAAACUCACAAAUAUGACCGCCUCAGCUGCCAUUACGACCGCAAACAACUUCGAGAAGCUGAUGGAAAGAUAUCUUGCAAUUGGCAACGUCAAAUCUCACUACGUGAAAAGCAUCCAAGAAGGUGAAGCUGAUGAAGGAAGAGCUUACAUAGACAAGCUACAAUGGGCGAAAAACAAGUCCACGGGUGACCGCUGCUGGACAAACUUCAAAAGAUCGCUUCAAGCAAUACCAGUGUUAAGGAAUAACUGA